UAAUACCUAAAUAACCCCAAUUUCAUCGAGCAACGUGGUGGUAGACCGUUAUAAAAACCUCAGUAUACUGUGCCAUAAAACACUUCACUUGAAAGUUUUGCAAUUAGACGGAUUUGGAGACUAACCAAUCAACGGUUGGCCGGGCGGGAUUUUUGAAAGGACUAGCCAAUCUGUGAAAACAGGAGCAAAUAUUUUCCUCAAAGACGGACUGUGCUGUGGGACAGCUGGUCGGCUUUCCAUGUAGUUACAUAUGGCUACAGCCGUUUGUCCUCACUACUAAAUUAACGUUACAUUUGCACUAGCGAUGAGGUUAAAUGUUACGGAUAAGUGUAAAGAAAUAUUGACGUUCUUCAUGUUGAAAGUAGACGGUAGGUUCUGGAGCUAAUUCUCUUUUCGGCCGUCAGCAAAACUUUUGCGGGUAUUUUUUAUUCAGAGUGCAAAUUUACGGUAAAGUGACCAAAAUGGGGAGUUACGAAGAUGCGGGGGCAGCAGGCGACGUCGUACUUGAUUAUUCACAUUUGAGUUUGAACACUUUUAACGUUGACAGCAUCAGUGACGAGAGGAAAAGGGACGCCAAGCAGCUCUACCUGAGCUACAACCGGCUAGCCUCGCUCCCCUCGUCGGUCAGCCUUUUUUGCAAACUCGAGUUUCUGGACAUCAGCAACAACGGUCUGGUGGAUAUCUGCGAUGGCAUCACGCGACUGACCAGACUGAAGACACUCGUAGCCAAGAACAACCGCCUGGACGAGUUUUCGCUGCCCAAGGAGUUCGGAUCUCUGCAGCUGGAGACGCUGAACUUUAGUGGAAACCGAUUUGAGGAGAUCCCACUUCAGUGUAUGAAACUGCUGCGUCUGCAUUCGCUCUCACUCGGCGGAAACAGACUGAAAAGCAUACCUGCAGAAAUAGAAAAUCUGACCAGUCUAGAGCUGUUGUAUCUGGGUGGAAACCUCAUCUCAGCCAUUCCUCCUGAAGUGGCUAAUUUGCCCUACCUCACCUACCUGGUGCUAUGCGACAACCGCAUCCAAAGUAUUCCACCGCAGCUCACCAGUCCCCUGUACUCCAGACUCCACUCGCUGCGAUCUUUAAGUCUCCACAACAACUUGCUCACUUACCUGCCGAGGGAGAUCCUCAGCCUGGUGCACUUGCAGGAGCUCAGUCUUCGAGGCAACCCACUGGUGGUGCGCUUUGUUAAGGAGAUGACCUAUGACCCCCCCUCACUGCUGGAGUUGGCAGGACGUACAGUUAAGAGCCGAAAUAUUCCCUACUCCGCCUGCGACCUACCCUCAAAUCUGCUGCGCUACCUGGACCUGGCCAGCAAGUGUCCCAACCCUAAGUGUGCCGGCGUCUACUUUGAUUCAUGUGUGCGCCAGAUCAAAUUUGUGGACUUCUGCGGAAAGUACCGGCUGCCCCUCAUGCACUACCUGUGCUCCCCAGAGUGCACCUCUCCCUGCAGCUCCAACCCCCAGAGCGACGCAGAGUCAGAGGAUGAGAGAAGUGUGCCCACUGACCGCCUGCAGAGGGUUCUUCUGGGAUAGUAGGACACCGAGGAGCCUCUGACCCUUGUCGGCAUGUCACUGUGUUCAGCAUUUUCAGAGACAUGAUUGUCAAACAUGUUGAUCAAUUUUAUGGACUUAUGGUAAGGACUCUGCUCCUUCUCAGUGCGCAUCGCUCUACAUAACAUGAGUAAAGGACGUCAUUUCCUAUGUAGCCAUGCAGAGCUGCAAUUCCAGCCUGUCAGUCUUGACUCAUCAAAGUGCUGCUCUGUCGGUUGAGCACAGGGGGGCAGCAAAACCCUUGUUUGAACUCUGAAGACUGGAAGCGUGGCAGGAUUAUUUCCCUUUGUAGGGCAGCAUACUUUAUCUUUAUAUAUAACUCUUGGUACUUUUUAUUAGCUGUGGCACAUUACUCUGCAUGUUUUGGUUUUUUUUUUUGUGUGGUUUUUGUUUUUGUCCAACUGCUGGAAAACGCACAUCAAUUUUCGUCUAUUUCUUCAACCGAGUAAUCAUCAGAGCUGCUAUGCUAACUAAGAAAAUAGUCUGUAGGUUUUUUUUUCCCCAAGUAUGUCAACAGAAGUUAUGACUGUAGUUUUACACCACAGUACUUUAAACUGAGUGAGUGCAAUGUAUGAGAUGGUCCUGUUUACACUGUGUGGUGUAAUUAGACUGGCCCACACAAUGUUAGAAGACUAAGAUUUAUCUGGGUUGUUUCAGCACAGUGAUUAUUGCUCCAGCAUGAUGCCAUAGUUAUUUUAAAUGGACCCAGAAUAUGUGUUGUGUGCUUAGUUGGAAGAAUGCUUGUCCAGGCUUACUCAUAGGAAGUGGAUGUGGGGUGGGCCAUUCAGUGUUAGCACAGAAACAAUAGCUAUUCAGCAGAACACAGCAGCCUUCAUAUUUAUCUUCAGGGCUGUCUCUUUUCUGAGCAUAAACAUAUACUGUAGAUCUGUAAAUGGAGCCCACUGAUAUUUUCUGAAUUCUUUUUGAGACUGAAACACCUUCAUUUCAAGAGAGAUGACAGUGUUUCUGUUCCUGGUUACAUCUCUACUUCUACUUUUUCCUUGUGUGGCACGCUGGCAGAUUUUAUCGCUUCCCAGGAGUUUGUGCAUUAGUGAGGAGGAAAAACUCCCCCAGACUUACAUUAGAGUCUAAUGUCUGGAAACAGACGCUCCUCUUUGUUACAGUAGCACCUACACUGGAGCGUUUGCUAAGUGCCUUACUGAUGGUGACUUCUUCUAACAGUAAAACAGGGUAGGAAGAAAUAUGAUACGCACCCUGAAAUGUGACAAUUACAUUCUGAAUUAUAAAAUCCUUUUAACAUGAUUUUUGUACUUGUCAGCGUAACCACACUAAAGAGUAAAAUGACCUUUUAUAACAAAAUGUUAAACACACCUUUGCCAAAUAGGUGACAAACAGAAAAAAUAUAGAAUUGUUUGUACUUUUACCCCAUUCAGAUAUUGAUGUAGACUGUACAGUAUAUGUAGUAAACAAUAAAGACUGAUUGUACUGUCUUC